GCAGUAAAUAAAUAAAUAAAUAAAAAGAUGUGCGCAUAUAGAGGAGCUGAGUUUUGCUGCAUGGGCGUUGUCCGAUCUGCAUUUUGGGCUGCAGGCGGGACAGAACCGGGGCCCGCUGACACUGCGCCAGUGGAGGCACUGCCCACACAUUACAUGCUGCGGCUGUAAGGCUUGCAUGUGAGCAUCUUGAGUUUCCAUCACUGAUGCUCCAGGUCUGCAUGUUUCAGCCUUUCCUUCAUGGUGUCCCGUGUUGAACUCCUGCCAGGUGACAGCAGCCGGGAGUCAAGGUUACUGAUCUGACCGGACAGAUUCCAGCCGACAUGGAGCUGCACCUUCUGGCCGUGGCCUGUCUCCUGUUCGGCAGGAUAAUGAUGACGCAUCAGACUGUACACAUGAACUCAGUGACAAACUUCCUGUUCACUCCGCGCGGGCCCCAGAUGUUUCCAUGUCUCACCUACCUGGAGCGGAACGUCAGGGUGGACUGUGAGUUUCCAGCCACCUACCAGGUCCCCGGGCCCUACUGUGAGUACCGGCAGGACAGCCGGCUGGUGGGCAGCACCUACCCCAAUGCUGUUGUCUACGUGUCGACGGAGGACCGCAGGAGGAGCAACGUCAGCCUGGUCUCUCCCACCCUGUGCCGCCUCACCUGGGCCCCUCUGGCUGAUGAGAGGCCUUUCACCUACACCUGCAGGGUCUACCAGGGCAACAGCUGGAAGGAGAACAGCAUGGCCGUCCAUCACAGGAUUCUUCCAAUCUGCUCUGCGAUCAGCGUGAUGUUCAAAUCAGCGCCCUGGUUUUUGUCACUGGUGAUGUCACUUCCUGUGGCCGUGGGUCUCCUGAGUCCAUGAACUCUCCCUUUGACUGGGUAACAACUCAGUGGACCUUUCCUACAUGAUUUGUGAUUGAUGCAGACGAUUUUAUUUUCUAUGAUUUUUAUUUUGAGGCAGAGAGUAGAAGCCAUGAAAACAGCUCUAAAUAAAUAAGAUUGACUCCUCUUUUAAAAAAAACUUAUCUUUUAGGUGUGAGAGAUUCUAUGUACAGACCUCAUCUCUCACCACUGUACCUCGAAGACCAUCGCUUCACCGCGUCUUUAAAAGGGUAAAGAAAUUAUGAUGCUAUCAAACUAAAGACACUGCAGAUAAAUGCAUCAUUUUCUAUUAUAGCGUCUAUCAUGAAGAGCAGAUUUUAAUCUGUUUUCUCGAUCAGGUCUCUCCUGUAAAUAAGAUUCACUGGGACUCAUCUGUUCGAGGAAUAAUUUCAUUAUAGCCAAAUGAAUAUUAAUUUUGUGGUUUUCUAUUUUUAAAGAAAAAAAUGCUUACUAUAGAUUUAUAUUGCACCUUAUUGCUGUUCUGAGAACACAUAGGUUUGUUUAUGCGCACUUAAGUGUAUAGCAAGAGCCUUUUGAUUGGGUUUAUUACAGCAUUCAUUAAAAGAUAAAAAAUAAUGCGGUUUAUCAUCCGUCAGUUCACCAACUUAUAAUAAUUUGCAGUCUCACUAGUUUGCUCAACUAUAUAUAUAUAUAUAUAUAUAUAUAGUAUGUAACCUCAACAGGUAUUCAGGUGGCUAAUACGGCUAUUGAGUAAUAGUAAAGAAUAACUGCUCAAACACUGCCUCUCCUGCUAGCUAAUGCUAUUCUCUGACACCUUCAGUACCUUUAAACAUCUGUACACCGGGCUCCCAUGUGAGGUUUACCUCAAAGCAGCUCAAAAAGUUUCUUUCUCCUCCAACACGGUGCAAUAUCAGAGUUCCCCCCCCUCAGACAGCAAUAACAAAGCAAAUACCAUGAUUGUGAUGAUUAUUCCUUACUUGAAGACCUUUGGAAAAAAAGACUCUCAUGUCAUUUUCACUCGGUGCUCUGAUGCUUAUCUGCCCUAUAGCCUAAAAAGACAUAUAAAUGUUUAAAACAUUUGGAUGUGUUAGCUCGCUAGCUUGCAAAGAAUGUUUAAGGCUGUGGACGAGGUGCAGGCUUUAGCUCUGGAGCCUUACAGCCGAAUGAGUUUCUUAUGCAGUUCAAGUAAUGACUGACAGACAGUUAUUGCCAAGAGAGUUUGUGACGAGAACAGUAAAUAUUCACUGUUAUAAUCCUGGCAUGUUAAUGAUAAGAUCCAGAAAUGUUUUCUGAUGUACAGUAUGUAAAACACCAUACAUUGACUGUUUAUGUGCUUCCAACAAAUCUAUCUAUUAGCUUUUAAAAUGCUUAAAAUUCCAUCCACUCCGUCUCCCUCCUGCUCAGCUUAAAAGUUUCAAGUUGUUGUCGCUAACUGUGAGCCAGUGAACACGGCCUUCCAUCUCCCCUGCCUUUGCAUUCAAGUCACAACACUGCUGUUGUUCUAAUCAUCUGCCGCCCUCAAGCUAAUGCUAAUGUUAGCUUGCAAACAUUAACGUUGCUUACACUAGCUAGCAAUCGUCAACGUUGCCAACACUAGCUAACGAUAACAACGCUCACGCUAGCAAGCUGAUGUUGACAUUGCAAAAGUUAAAGUUGCUAACACUAGCUAGCUAAUGUCAGUGCAGUGUAGCAUGUUUUUAUGUUGUUGUUUUUUCCUUCCACAAACUGGCAACUACCAAGACUCUCGACACGGACAAAACACAGAUACCACGUGAUAGCGCCGUUGUUCCACUGCUGACAAAUCUUGUCAGAAUUGUUACAAGGAGUUAAACAAAACAACCAUUAUGGACCCAACAAAAUUUCAAGAAUUACCUCUAACUGCUGAACACAAGACGUCUCCUCUGUCACCGUAAAGUCCACUCUCAGUGUUUAUGCACUGGAGGCUUCAGGUUUCCACGGCACACUUGUGUUAGCUGAAUAUUGGGGGCAGGACUUGAUUCCAAACUAUUUGUGAUGUCACAAAUCAUGCUUGUAGGCCCCGCCCCUUAAAACAGAGAAUAUUUACGGUGUGAGUAGAUGAACAAGAAAACAGGUGACUAGUGUCAAACUCGCCACGUACGUCACUCCACACAGUGAAGCUCAAACAUUCAAAUGUGGGAACAUGAAGGAAAAAAAAAGUCUGACUGGAGAGGAGCUUUAAAACAGACGCCGCUCUCCUCUUACACAAGUACGCAUGUCUUAAUGUACACGCACAUAAUGUAGGCAGUCUGUGUGCAGUAUGAAAGAAUGUCGUAGCUUUAUGUGCUCUUUCGAGAGCUGCUUGAUUUGAACACUUCAUGUUUACAGUGUACACGCCUUCCACACGCAGCCUAAACAUACACUGCUUAAACAAUGCUGCUCACUUCAUUCAGUGCUGUUGUUUUCCAUUCAUGUCACAUUUUUUUAACAAUAAUUGCGUCCACAUUGCGUUUCUUUUCUGUUUUUAUGCUCUGAUCAGUAUUAUUUGCCAAGUAGUGUUUUACUUGUAAUAAAGAUGUCUUUAUAUUUUUUCAAAUAGGGAAGUCAGCUUGUUUGGUUUGUGUUCUCCUCCCACCAAAGGUGUAUGAAGAGCUAUAGCAGAACUAUAGUAACGA